AUGUCAGAUCCGCUACCGACAUUCGUAUUUGAAGACGUUUCGGCUGACUUGUUCCAGCACGGAAACCUCCAUGUGCUGGUAUACGCGGACAGAUUAUCGGGUUGGCCUGUAGUCAACCAAUGGCGACGCGAUCCCACCGCGCGAGAAGUAGUCCAGGCAGUCGUGCACAACUUCGUCGAACUGGGCGUGCCCAUGCGAUUCCGCUCGGAUAAUGGACCUCAAUUCGAUGCCGGAGUCUUCCAAGAGACACGGAAACGUUGGGGCGUUGCGUGGGGCAACUCUACCCCUCAUUACCCCCAGAGCAACGGCCAUGCGGAAGCAGCAGUGAACACGAUGAAAGAAUUAGUGGCGAAGACGGGCGGAGAUUUAUCAUCGGAAGAUUUUCUGGCGGGACUCCAGGAGUUUCGGAACACCCCCCACGAGAGCGGUGUAUCGCCGGCACAAAUUUUAUUCGGCCACCAACUCCGCUCAGUCAUCCCAGCACAUCGAUCAUCCUACGCUCCCAAAUGGAAGGACGCCAUGAUAGCACGGGAGCGACAGGCGGCGGCAGCUGCAGAAACAAAACUUCGGUACGAUGCUCAUACCCGCCCAUUGUCACCACUUCGGAUCGGCACACAGGUACGAAUCCAAGACCCGGAUUCCAAACUUUGGACUCAUGUGGGCGUCAUCGUGGCGGUCGGCCGCUACUGCUCCUACCGAAUCAAAUUUGCUAGCGGCAGCGUCAUGUGGCGCAAUCGACGGUUCCUCCGCCCCUUGGUCCUGGCGGAAGAAGAGACGACGGCAACGACCGACCGAAUCAACCCAUCGGCAGACGGCAGCGUGCCCACGGUAGUGAACGUCAUCGUUCCCCCCGCACCAACCCGACAAUCUUCCAUCGUUCCGGCGCCGGACGGCCCACGCCGUGGAACUCGCGUUCGGAAGCAGAGGGUCAUCACAUCUGUGUAA